AUGACACCUGUGGCUUCCAAAUUCGAGCGUCAAAACCCCACCAUGGAACGGCGUAAUUCCUUCCCCUCAGGCCCCUCGCAGCUCUCGCAGCUCUCGCAGCCCACGCACACAUCCAACUCCUCCACCUCUGCCCCGCAUCGUCCCUCUUCUGAACAACGACAACCGCUCAACCGUCAUUCAGCAUCACCUUCAGCAUCACAACCGACGCCUAGCGAGGCGAUAGGAGAGCUGCAUAGGGUACAAGCCGCAUCAUCUCACUCCGGUCCUGGAAGUACCGGGAAUGAAGUCGACGGAUCUAGUCGGCAAAAGAAAAAAUCUCUAUGUCUUUCGCGACUCUAUCACCGGUUAAGGCGAAAUCCCCCGGGCGCUGAUUCACCCUCUUCAUUUUCUUCUAUCUCACCUUCGUUGCCGUUGAGCUUAGCCCCCACGCCACUAUUCCCCGGACUUACCACCCUACAACCCCAUUCAUCAGAAAUUCUCCGAAUUACAUCACAGACAUUUGCAUCACUAACACACCUAUUACACACUACCAAGCAAAUAGUAUUACCUCCUCCAGGGUCGAUUCCAUGCCAACAGUUCUAUGCCCAUUUGCUUAUUGAAUUGAUCAUACAGCUUAAUCAAAAAAGGGCUGAGGCAUUCCACCGGCCCUACCUUUCUUCAUUACUGGAAGGGCUGGGGGGAUUCUUAUUUCCCGAAAACGAACCCGUUGGCGACCCAGGCUUGAAUUCGUGGGUAGUAAGGUUCACUCGAGCUGUCCUCGGGCGCACUACAAUUUCCAAGGCUUUAUCCAUACUCUACCGCAGAAAUCAGAAGGACCAGGAAAUUGGAAAUCUACUAGCAUCCAAAAUGACGGAAAGAAGAAGCACGAAAGAUAUCCGUCCCGAUGACGACGAACAUGACGGGAAUGUAAUCAGCCUGAGGCGCAACAAUUUACAGGAUGCCGAGAUGGCAGAGUCUCCCAUGAUGAUGAUGACACCUGCACAGACAUCAGCAUCCACUUCCUACGCGACCAUUCCUUCAAGAUCUUACGCGAGACCUGUGACGCGAUCUAUGACCAAUUUUGGCCUUGACGGUCAGUUAGAUGCAACAACCUACACUGCUGAUACGCCCAUCUCUUUUGGAGAGAGGCUCAAUAAAUCGUCCAAGAAGCGUACAUCUAACACAAGUGGAUCCAAACUCGAGAACUCAAGGGAUAUCCAGUAUGUUAGUCAAGGAUCGGGCGAUUUCGAGGCAGAUGAAGACGAGGAAGAAGAGGCGGUGGAUGAGGUGGAUGACCAAGAUCGAAACCACCAAGACCGGCCGCUUGCAUCGCUAGAUCCGGGCCCAUCAUCCAGAACUCACCCAGAGAUUGGCCAGCUUCGAGUGGCGUCUCGCCGGUCAGCUCGUAUCAACGAUCGUAAGAUUGCAAUCGAAAGCUCUACCGACAUUACACCAGCACCAGCAAAGAAGCGAGCACGAAAGGCCAGUGGAUCUGAGACAGGUUCUAUUAUAUCUGUUCGUCGUUCACCGAGAUUCUGGAAACCACCCACGGAGUUCCACCUGUAUAACAAUUUACCGAACGAACUAAAGAUGAUGAUAUGGGAGGCCGCUAUCGAACCGCGACUCCUGUAUGUAUGUAACAGAUCUUCGUACUCGCAUACCCCUACCAUUCUCCUGCCACCAUUUGGAGUCCAGAACAAGAUCCCCACAUGGUUUACUGCAUGCCGCCUGUCGGUAUGGAUCGCUCGCCUUCAUUACGAAAAGCGGUUUGCUCUUUAUAACUUUGGUAACCCCGCUAUCGAUCGCACAUUAAUCCAGGAUGUCAACCUUCAUAACGACAUUGUGAUUUUCGAACCCUGCCACGGAGCGUGCCGUGGAUGCCAUUGUGCUCGACAUCAGUACAGCGAUGACGAUCGCUCCGCAGUACGCUUCUUGGCUAUCCAAACAGAAGCACCAAUGCUUCCCGUUGGGGCGGAUCCGUGUUGGCAGACUGUCACAAAAUCGUGGCCUAACGUGGAGACCCUCUACCUGAUGCGACGUGCUGUUAGGGGCGUCGACAGAAGUGAGAAGGCAAUGAUUCGUGUUAAGACUAAUGAGCACGAAGUCACUCUCCUGAAACAGUUUGAGCAGUGGAAGAAGGGACCAGGAUCGGGUGUAAGGGUGACCAAAUUGGAGUUCGUCGAGGUAGUAGCGAAAGAGAACACAACCACCGACCCAAAGGAGCGCUAUCAGUCGGUUACUGACCGGUUGACUGGUCUUUCAGAGGACAUAAUCAUCGGUUAA